ACAAUAAUAAAGUACUCUUCAGCUCCAUGUACGUUAAAAGUUAAUGCUGCAAACACAAAGUACUUUGCGUUCGCAGCAAUUAAAGUUCGUGUGCGGUAGAUUAUGACGCAAGUCUAAAUAAUAAUGAGGGCGUUGAAAAACGCGUCAAUAUAAUAAAAUUCGGAAGUCGCAAACGCAGUUACGCAGUGCAUGUCGUGUGUCUACAAGAUGGCGGCUUGCAUGCGGCGAUUUGCGUGCUCGAGCGUCUAUAGAAUGUGUACGACAUUGAACGGAGCUACAACGACAACAUUCACCUACCUCAGAGAUACACGGUUAUUAUUUCAUACUGCUGGUGUCAAUACAGACAAAUACAGAAAAGUUCUAGAAACCACUGAAGGGGAUGUUACGACGGUUGAAGCAGAAUAUGUUUCAGCAACUGCAGCAACUAAAUUCAUUAACAAAGAAUAUAAAGAUGCUUGUCCAAUCUGUCGACUAAACCUCAAGGUAACAUAUAAGGAUGUUUUAAUAUUAAGCCAAU